UGGAGGUAUAAAAGCUGUAUCUGUUGUUUCCUCCUUCACACUACUGGGCAACAUGAAGACUCUGCUCCUGACCACUGUCCUGCUGCUGCUUGUCUGCAGUAGUCAAGUACUUAGUCUCAGGUGCUUCACCUGUGACCCAAAUAAUGCUAACAACUGCAAGGUUGUGACAGAAUGUCCCUCAUCAAGCGUUUACUGCAGAACUGUGGUGACUGCUGAAUCAGUGUCUCGUUCCUGUGAGGAGAUGUGCGACCCGGGUGUCAAUGUUUACUGCUGCCAGGGUGACUUGUGCGAGGCAAAAUCCACAUAGAGUCACUGACCAAACAUUUUCUCUUUCUGAUUCCGACCAGUUAAGGGUUUUAGUGGAAAUCAAAACGUUUCAAUUAAUUAUCUCUGAUUAUCUUAGCAAAGAAAAUAGAUAAGACUGUCAUUUAAAAAAAACAAUCAAUGUAGAAAUAUAGAGGACUAAAUAAUCCUUCUUAGCGACACUGUUUUUGCUGUUCUUUCAUGGUUUGACUUAAUACCAUAAAACUCUGAUUUCCGCUGCA